UGCUCUCACUCUCAUUUCCCGCCCUAAAGAUUAUAUUGUGGAAUUAUUCUUGAUAAAAAAGAGGAAACAAGUUCAGCCGUUACUCCUCUUCUCCUCCACUAUCGUCUUCUCCGGCUACCAUCUCUAGUUUUGUGGUUCUCUAGUUCAGCUGAAAUGGACGUCAACGAGGAGGUGAUGGCUGCGAAUAAGCGCGCCUUUCUGAAUUUCCUCGAUCAAGACGUGGGGAAGGGGUUCUACUUGAAGGCGAUAAGGGAUAUGAUCCAGAGCAAGCGCUGCCGCUUGAUUGUCGGCAUGGAUGAUCUGCGCAGCUAUAGUCUGGACUUUUCCCGAAGAUUGAUUCGAAAUCCGAUGGAUUACAUGCAACCGAUCUCCGAUGCCCUAACGGAGGUCACGCGAAAUGUGGACCCGAAGUACCUAAAAGAAGGGGAGAGAGUGCUGGUGGGAUUUAGCGGCCCCUUUGGUUUCCAUAAGGUCACGCCAAGGGAUCUCAUGUCUUCAUUCAUUGGAUCCAUGGUUUGUGUUGAAGGGAUCGUAACUAAGUGUUCUCUUGUAAGACCAAAAGUUAUCAAGAGUGUUCAUUACUGCCCCACAACCAGUUUAUUUACAUCUCGAGAGUAUCGAGACAUUACGUCCAUGACCGGGUUGCCUACAGGCUGUGUGUACCCAACAAGGGAUGAGAAUGGAAACUUACUUGUGACUGAAUAUGGAUUGUGUGAAUACAAGGAUCAUCAGACACUGUCAAUGCAGGAAGUUCCUGAAAAUUCUGCUCCAGGACAACUUCCUAGAACAGUAGAUGUCAUCAUAGAGGAUGACCUGGUGGAUUCUUGCAAGCCCGGGGACCGUGUAUCGAUUGUAGGGAUAUAUAAAGCUCUUCCUGGAAAAAGCAAAGGAAGUUUGAACGGGGUCUUCAGGACUGUUCUAAUAGCAAAUAAUGUUUCUCUUCUCAAUAAGGAGGCAAAUGCACCGAUAUAUUCGCUGGAGGACCUAAAAAAAAUGAAAGAAAUAGCCAAGAGAAAUGAUACUUUGGAUCUAAUGGGGAAUUCAGUAGCACCUUCUAUAUAUGGUCAUUUGUGGAUUAAGAAAGCAGUUAUAUUACUGUUGCUUGGAGGAGUGGAAAAAAAUCUGAAAAAUGGAACACAUUUGAGAGGUGAUAUCAAUAUGAUGAUGGUUGGUGAUCCUUCAGUUGCUAAGUCUCAGCUCCUAAGGGCAGUCAUGAACAUUGCCCCAUUGGCUAUCUCAACUACUGGUCGAGGCUCCUCUGGUGUUGGCUUGACUGCUGCUGUUACCUCUGACCAGGAAACUGGGGAGAGAAGGCUUGAAGCAGGUGCCAUGGUUCUUGCUGAUCGAGGUGUUGUUUGUAUUGAUGAGUUUGAUAAAAUGAAUGAUCAAGAUCGUGUUUCCAUCCAUGAAGUUAUGGAACAACAAACAGUAACAAUCGCCAAAGCAGGAAUUCAUGCAUCAUUAAAUGCUAGAUGCAGUGUGAUAGCUGCUGCAAACCCAAUAUAUGGGACUUAUGAUCGAUCAUUGACGCCAACAAAGAAUAUUGGGCUUCCAGACUCGUUGCUUUCACGCUUCGACCUGCUUUUUAUUGUCCUUGAUCAAAUGGAUCCUGAAAUUGACCGCCGAAUUGCAGAGCAUGUCUCCCACAUGCAUAGAUAUUGUAUAGAUGACGGAGGAAUGGGAGCCUUUGAUAAAGGUGCCCGAUACACUGAAGAAGAGGAUGUUGAUGUCAAUGCACCCAUAUUUGUCAAGUAUGAUCGAGUACUUCAUGGCCAUGAAAAGAAAAAGGGUAAGAAGCAGAAAAAUGAGAGACUCACUAUUAAGUUCUUAAAGAAGUAUGUUCAUUAUGCCAAAAAUCGGAUUCAGCCCAAGCUCACAGAUGAGGCAGCAGAUCAUAUUGCAACUCUAUAUGCAGAACUUCGGGAUGCUAGUGCAAGUGCAAAGUCUGGAGGAGGUACACUGCCCAUCACUGCAAGAACUUUAGAGACUAUGAUUCGUCUCGCCACAGCUCAUGCCAAAUUAAAGUUAAGGAAUGAGGUAUUGAAAGUAGACGUUGAAGCUGCUUUGAUCGUUUUAAACUUUGCCAUAUAUCAUAAAGAGUUGACUGAAAUGGAAGAGCGUGAACAAAGGGAAAGAGAGAUGGAGAUGAAACAUAAGGCUGAUCAAGACACCAACCACGAUGCUGAUGCUGAUGGAAGAACAGAUCCAAUGGAAGUUGAUGAAGUCCAUACAGUAGAAACAGAGGAAGUUUCUCCAGAAAGGAUUGAGACAUUUGAAACAAUUUUGGGUCAGCAUGUGCUUGCUAAUCACCUCGAUCAGAUCUCUAUCUCAGAAGUUGAACUCCUAGUUAACCGUGAAGCAUCUGCACGCUACAGCAGGCGGCAAGUUGAAGCUAUCUUGGAGAGAAUGCAAGAUGCCAACAGAAUAAUGAUUAGGGAUGGGAUUGUGAGAAUUAUUUGAGGGGAUUCUGAAAUAUUGUAUGAACAAUAAGAUUAAACAUAGAACAGAUAAAUUGUCAGUUUGUUCCUACUUUAUUUCCAUGCAAGGAAUUCAAUCCUUCGUAGCGUGGAAAGAGCUAUUUGUUGCUUAAAGCUGUCAAGUGUAGAAGUUGCAGGAUUUGUGUUUUUCUAGUCUUGUUUCUACUUUGUAAAAUACACAAACUUCUCCAUUCGGAUUGUCAAAGCAAAGCUCUUCUUCUGAAGUGGUAAUUGAUUGU